CUUGCAUGAUUUGACAGUAGGGUCCUAGGAUUAGAAAAUUUAAAGAGUAAAUGGUGCAUAUCUAGUGAAACAACUCUAGGGAGAUUCAAACGAUAUCUUCUGAGUUGUGUAUUCAGCUAAUUUCCCCAGCUUCUGGACAUGUUCUUUGUGAUUGUUCUGGCGGUUUCCUCCCUCGCAAACUUUGCACUCGCUCAGGAUAGCAGCAGUUUCACAUACAAUGGUUUCCGGUCGGUGAAUCUUAGCCUGGAUGGUUUAGCCGCAUUCACUGGCAAUGGCCUCCUAAAGUUAACCAAUGCAACCAAGCAGAAGCAGAGUCAUGCCUUCUACCCUGGCCCAAUCAAGUUCAAGAACUCAUCCAGUGGAUCUGUCUACUCUUUCUCCACGACAUUUGUCUUCACCAUGAUUUACGAGUACCCACCUCUGGGCGGCUAUGGGUUCGCUUUCGUUCUAGCUCCUCGUAGAGAAUUUCCCGGAGCACUGCCUAGUUAUUACUUUGGCCUCUUCAAUGAAACCAACAAUGGCAAUUCCUCGAACCACAUUGUCGCAGUAGAAUUUGACACGAUCCAAAACCAUGAAUUCCUUGAUAUCAAUGAUAACCACGUUGGGAUCGACAUCAAUGGGCUGACCUCCGUAAAAUCUGCCCCGGCAGGAUACACUGCAAGUCCAGGUGGGGUCUUCACAAACUUGAGCCUGAUGAGUGGUAAAGCCAUGCAAGUUUGGGUGCAUUAUGAUGGCUCGCAAAAGCAAUUCAACGUCACAUUAGCUCCUAUCAAUGUUGAGAAACCGAAGACUCCCCUUUUAUCUCUGUCCGUUGAUCUCUCACCGAUCAUCAAGGAGACCAUGUACGUGGGUUUCUCGUCUUCAACCGGCUCAUUAGUAACUGCUCAUUACAUCGUUGGAUGGAGCUUUAAGGUAAAUGGACAAGCUCAGGGAUUGGUUUUGUCUCAGCUUCCUAGACUACCGCAUGUGAGAAAGGAGGAGAAAUCAUACUUGCUUACUAUUGGAGUGCCUUUCAUGUUGUUGUCCUUUCUGUCAAUGCUAAUAUUAGCUGUGGUUUAUCUGAUAAGACGAAAGAGAAAAUUCGCAGAGAUUCUAGAGGAUUGGGAGCGCGACUACAGUCCUCAGAGGUUCAAGUACAAAGAUCUCUAUGUUGCCACAAAGGGGUUCAGAGAUCAGGGGCUAUUAGGAGCUGGUGGAUUCGGUAGGGUUUAUAGAGGGGUAUUAUCCACCUCAAAAACUGAGAUUGCAGUGAAAAGGGUUUCUCAUGAAUCGAGGCAAGGGAUGAGAGAGUUCGUUGCGGAGAUUAUUAGCAUUGGUCGGCUUCGUCAUCGGAACAUUGUAACGCUUCUCGGUUACUGCCGUCGGAAGGGUGAGCUGCUGUUGGUCUAUGACUAUAUGCCCAGUGGUAGCCUAGACAAGUACCUCUAUAACCAACCAAAGGUGACCCUCAAUUGGAGCCAAAGAUUUAGAGUGAUCAAAGGUGUUGCGCAUGGUCUGUCUUAUCUCCAUGAAGGAUGGGAACGAGUAGUGAUUCACAGGGAUAUCAAAGCUAGCAACAUCUUGCUAGAUUCAGAACUAAAUGGGAGGUUAGGAGAUUUUGGGCUUGCGAAAAUAUACGAUCAUGGCACUGAUCCUCAAACCACCCAUGUGGUGGGAACUCUUGGAUAUUUGGCCCCAGAGAUCGCUCGAACCGCCAGGGCCACUACGAGCACGGACGUUUUUGCGUUUGGGGCAUUUUUGCUUGAGGUUGCUUGCGGAAGAAGGCCGAUUGAGGCUCGGGAGAAGGAGGAUGUAAUAUUGGUGGACUGGGUGUUUUCUUGCUGGGAUAAGGGUGACAUUCUAGAGGCAAGAGAUCCAAAUUUAGGGACAGACUUCGUGGCGAAGGAUGUGGAGCUAGUGUUGAAACUUGGAUUGAUGUGCUCCCAUUCGAAGCCAACAGCGAGACCAAGAAUGCGUCAAGUAGUGCAGUACCUAGAAGGGGAUGUCGCAAUGCAGGAGUUAUCCUCUCCUGGUAAUUUAAAAAGUGGAUUGACAUUUGCAUAUCAUGAAGGUUUUAGUAUGUCUGGCAUGUCUUAUCCGUCUUCCUCGGACAAGGCAUUUUCACAGGCAUAUUCUGUAGCAGACUCUGUCCUCUCUGGAGGAAGAUGAGUCUUAAGAUUGGUAUAUUAAAUUGAAAGCACAUUUCAUAGAUCCAAAGUAAUUACCAAACUAGUGUCUUAAACAUCAAGUAUUAGUAGUUUGCGACUUUGCAAGUACAUGUGAACUGUAAUUUUAAGAUUCUAUGGAUCUAACCAAUUUAUGCAGUA